ACUUCAAGCGUACUUGUGGAACUCUCCAGUGUUCAGACAUGGUGUCAGCAGGCUUGCAGAUGCUGGGCGCCGCCUUCUGCAUCAUCGGUUGGAUUGGGACUAUUGUAGUGUGCGCUCUUCCCCAGUGGAAGGUGACAGCCUUCAUUGGCAGCAACAUCGUCACGGCUCAGACGUCCUGGGAGGGCAUCUGGAUGAGCUGCGUGAUCCAGAGCACGGGCCAGAUGCAGUGUAAGGUCUAUGACUCCCUGCUGGCUCUGUCCCGCGACCUCCAGGCCGCUCGUGCACUCGUCAUCAUUUCCAUCCUGCUGGGUGUCCUGGGAGUGCUGCUGUGCCUGGCAGGGGGCAAAUGUACCAACUGCGUGAAAGACGAGGGCUCUAAAGCCAAAAUCUGUGUGGCCUCUGGUGUGGUCUUCAUCUUGGCUGGCGUGUUGUGCCUCAUCCCUGUGUGCUGGACGGCAAACACCAUCAUCAGGGACUUCUACAACCCCCUGACCUCCGGAUCCCAGAAGAGGGAGCUAGGGGCCGCCCUCUUCAUCGGCUGGGGGGCCUCGGCCCUCCUCAUCAUAGGCGGUGCUCUCCUAUGCGCCAACUGUCCCCCCAAGGACGAGUAUGCCGCCAAGUACUCAGCGAGCCACGCGUCUGCACCCAAAGAGUAUAUCUGAGGAAGCCGACAAAAGACUUUCAUGUUGAUCAUACAUUUCAGGACGUCCUGCUUUGUCAUUGCCAAGAUAACGAACCACAGACGGCAACCAGGACCGGCUUGUUGACUGGAAAGUAGCUCUCAUUUGACAAACAUUUAAUGUUACGUUUCUGUUUCUGCAUGACUUUUUAUACUCCAUUGGAAUUCUUACCUGUGUUUUAUACUGUAUCGUCAACACGUGUAAAUAAAAACUAUUUUAUCAAGAACAUCAAAAUGAUCUCUUCUUUUGAUCAUUUUGCUCAUCAAACAUCAAUAAGAACAUCAAAAUGAUCUCUUCUUUUGAUGUUCUUUUUAAAUGUUCUAUUUUAACAAUCUUUUAAAAUCAUUUGAUGAAAGAAACUUAAGCUUUGAUAACUCAAAAGGAGCAGCCUUUGCUACGGGCAAGAGAAAACAGCACAAUCAUUUCUGUUUGCAUUUGUAUUUUGUAUACUGUAGAACCUUGGUUAGCAUCAUUAAUCUGUUCCAGAAGGUGGAUGCUAACCAAAUAAAGUUUUCCCAUAAGAAAUGAUGUAAAUCCAAUGAUAGUUGUCCUUUGGUUAAUUUGUUCCAGGCCCGACUGA